CUCAAGCAAAAUGAAUAAUAUUACAGAUGUCAUUCACAGUUACUAUCCGUCUUCGGUAUAUCUACCGCAUUAUGUAGCCAACGGGAGUUCGGCUUUAUCACUGGUUGCUCAAUUUGCUGUGCUCUGGGCCUUGGUGCUGGGUAUCGCAUCUGCCUACAUUUGCCGUCCUCGAAACUCGGUGACUCGAGAAGACCAGUUUGCGUUCAUUUGGAUGUGCUUUACGGGAUGCAUACAUCUAUUCUUCGAAAGUUACUUCGUGGUCUACCACAAGACCCUAGCCGGCUCGCACACUUUAUUCGGCCAGCUCUGGAAGGAAUAUUCCCUUUCUGACUCUCGCUAUCUGACCUCUGAUUCAUUCCUCGUUUCCAUGGAGGCUGUCACCGCUUUCUGCUGGGGCCCUCUCGCAUUUACUAUCGCAUACUGCAUCGCCACGCAGCACCCGGCAAGACAUGUCCUGCAGAUCAUUGUCUCCGUAGGCCAGGUCUACGGAGAUGUACUCUACUACGCUACGAGCAUGUUCGACCUAUAUUACCAUGGAGUGUCCUUUUGUCGUCCUGAAGGCUACUAUUUCUGGUUCUAUUAUGUCUUUAUGAACUUCAUCUGGCUUGCUGCUGGUACUUAUUUUGCGUACGAAAGUGCAGUGGAGAUCACGCGUGGUAUGAAGAAGUUGAGCGAAAUGGAUCGGAAGCGGAAGAACAAUUAGAGAUGUACUGGGUUUGAAAAGUUCCUGAUUACAAUUCGCGUCGUGUACAUUGCAUUGGAUCUGUAGGUUAGGGGUUUGCUUCAUGGUUCAUGGCGCGCCAUUUUCAGGAUAGAUCGGAUAGAAUUGGGGAUAGAAUUGGGUAGUUAGUUAGAAUGCCAGAUUGCUAGUCUAAAUGAAAUCGGUG